UAUCUAUAAACAUAAAAGCUUUUGUCGUACAAGGGAGUUCACGCGCGGCGCUGCAGUCAGUCUGCCACUUUAUAACAUAAUCUUGUCAACUUCGGACAAAAUAUCACCAGGAUAGCCAAGAGAACAUUAUUCUUCUCAAAGACUCGAGUUUAGGAAAUUAUUAUCAAUUUCCAGCAACCAUCAUAAUAAUCUUGUCUUGUCGUCGGAGUAUAUACUCGCACGCGGGACAAUAUUUUUAAUCGGAUUGUCGACACGAGUUAGGUUUGUUUCACCUUCAAGACGAGUUAACUUUAUUGUUUUUGACAAUAACUAAAGAAAUCAGCCAUCAUGCAGGAAUAUAGUGGUCAAACGAUGACUUCAAGUUACUUCAAGGCGCAACCAACCAUCGGGACAAGUUUCCUACCACCACUAGAGAGCACGAUGCGCGCCUCGUACAAGAGUUAUGCCCCACCAUUCGUGGUAAGCCAGUCCCUCCAUCUCCCGUGGAAGGCUUCGACCUACUACCGUGGAGCACAGCAGUCCAUGCCCAUGACCCGCAGUGCACCAGAGAUCAACCCAAGUACCUUGUACCGUGAUUAUACCAUGAUGAAGGUACCCCCUAUGAUGCCAUCAGCCAGGACCGCUCUCUUCUCCAAGUACACACCCCAUGACUGGUUCAAGAGCAACAAUACCAACUACCGCACCUCCGACAUGACACGAGGCGCCGCCCAGCGACUCCGAGACGAGAACGUCCGCCUCUGCCACGACACCGAUGCCCGAACCGUCAAGACACAGCAGGAUUCCAGCAAGAAUCUAGGAGAUCGUCUCGCCGACGUCAACUUCUGGAAGUCCGAAGUCACCCACGAGUUGGACGAGAUGGGUAAGGAGAUCGGUGAUGUCACGGAAUGGAAGAGAAGGUUGGAGAAUGCUCUGAAGAACACUGAAGGCCCUCUCCAGAUCGCACAGGAGUGCCUCUUCAACCGAGAGAAAAGACAGGGCAUCGAUCUCGUCAACGACGCCGUUGAGAAAGAACUUAUCAGGGAAGUGAACACAAUUAGGAAGAGUCAAGAUCACCUGAGGAAGAUGAUUGACAGAGCCAACAGUCAACUCAGUAUGGACCGUGCAGCCCAGCAUGAGUUGGAGAAGGACUUGACAGAUAAGUUCCGUGCUCUAUCUAUUGAUAACAAGUGUCAUCAGCUAGCAAACACAUCGUCAGGCAUGGGAUUCUUCCGCGGGGUGGAAGGUGUCGAUCAGACUGUAACCGUGCCAGAGAGUUGGGCCAAGUUUAGCAACGAUAACAUCCUUCGAUCACAGCGUGAACGUAACUCUUCUAAGGGUCUCCGAUCCGACGUCGAUUCCUCGCUCCAGGAGACGUCUAAUGAUAUGUGGACUCAGUACAACACCGUCAAUGUGGCCUUCAGUGGAAGGAUCGCAGAGACCAUGGAUGCUAGGAAUAGCAUCUCGGCUCAUCUUUCGAAGGUUCUGCAAGAGAUUAAUGAGAUGGAGAAUAACAUCUCUCUUCUUCGCAAGUCCAUCAAGGAUAAGGAAGCACCAAUGCAGGUAGCCCAGAGCAGGCUAGAGAACAGGACAAGGAGACCUAACGUCGAACUCUGCAGGGAUCAGCCACAACACAGGCUUGUGCAUGAGGUUGGUCAGAUCUACGAGACCGUCGACAUUCUUCAGAACCGCCUGCGCGCCGCAGAGAGCGCUCUUCAAGAACUCGUCCGCACCAAGACAACUUUGGAGCACGAUCUAGGAGUCAAGAAUAACUCCCUCUACGUCGACAAGGAGAGGUGUAUGGGAACCCGAAAGACCUACCCAACGACAGCCAAACUUGCAGGGUACCGAGGCCAGUGAGAUCUACAAUUCGAAUCUAUGCAAUGAUGCGUAGGUCAUAGAAAAUUAGACCGGACUGUGAUAUAUAUAUAUAUAUAUUUCAGCUGCCUUGACAGAACAUCUGUCUUUAUGUGAAGCU